AUGUUCGGUGGAGAUCCCUUCGAUCCAUUCAGGUUGGUUCAAUUUUUAUUCGUCUUCUCGGUUAAUUAGUGAAGAAAAACUAGACUGGUCUUGAACAAGGUCUAUAGAGGGACCACGCUGAAACAAAGCAGGAUUCUGUGUGCUCUAAAACUUUAAACUUUAAAACGUUCCCGGGGAAUCAUGGAAAUUUCGAGAAAAUACAAGGAAAUUUCUGUGGUCUUACAUCAAUACCUAGUUUAACAAUUAACGUAAUGGGUAAACGUUUUAAAAUAAUUUUGUCGACGAUUAUUGCAGAAUAAAAAGCAUGGAAAGACUAUUUUUCCUUCCAUUACAACUCAGCAAACAACAAAGCGGGGUUUAUAACUUCUGGUGUAACUGUAGGCAAAUUACAAUAUAAAGCGCCGACAAUUAAAGUGACUAAUACCGAAAAAACAAUCAGAAAGUGCAUAAUGGUACGACAAGUGUAAUGGGUUGUCAGAUGCUUAGUUUUGAUCACUUGGGGAAACUUGUUUUUUCCGUUAAUUCCGGAGGCGAAAAGGCGGUUUAAUGUUAUUUCUUUUGGUAUUCAGCGCGGUUUAAAGGCAAUUUUUGUAAGAAAUUGGGGCUGAGAGUAUGUAAUUUAGGAAAGGUUUAGAAGUUUGUACAGCAAAAAAAGGAUUGGAUUAUACUUACCAUAUUACACUAGAUUUACCUUGAAUGAAAUAGCUGGAAAUAAAUAGACAAAAGAUGGCUUGGUAUCUUUUACUAACGUUUUCGAAGAUUCCUCAAUGAUAUCAGCGCGCAGCGAAAAAACGAACGGCGCUGAAAUGAAAACAUUUGUCGAAUCAGUCGCUCUUUAUUCAACUGAUAUCCUUGAAAGGAGAUUUCACUUUUGUUGCACCCAUCUUCGUUUCUUCCCUUUAUUUUAGGUGUAAAGUUUUGAUCGGGAAACGACCGUUUUCUUGCUUGAUCCUGCGUACUUUGUUCAUUUUUGAGGAAAAGGGGUUAUAUUCGGUGGUAAAAAUUCUUUUAAUAUGCGGUUGUAAACAUUGCUCGGUCGCGGUGGUGAUAUUGUAGAGUAGGCUUUAGACUGUAUGGAAUGGGUUGCUGUCUCUCGACUUCGGAAAAGCCAUCGGAACGGCCGAAAAACGGUCAGAAGUCAUUUUCUUAUGGAGAUCGGAGGAAACUGAAUGAACAGGAGAAGAACAUCAACAUGGUCUUGAAGCCUGAUGCCCGCAGAUUACCCAUCGAGAAAUUAAAAGAAGAGAAAAAUAGAAUUAGAAAAGAAAAUGUAAAAAAUGAUGGAAAAACGGAACGUUCGGAGGAAAAGAACGGUCCCGGGAACGGUGAAAAAGCUCGUAGACCACAGAGGUUUGUCGAAAUUUCUAGAAGCAUUGUGAGACUCCUGAAAAAGGAAAAACAUUUUCUCAAAUUUUAUGCAAAGACCGUGUGUGUCUAAUAUAAUUUUUUGAUUUCAGACACAUGCAGCAUCAGAUGGCCGAGAUGGAUCGCAUGAUGUCUGACCCCUUUGGGAUGAUGGACAGAAUGAUGGGAAGCAUGUUGGGUCAUGGCCAUCCCAUGCUCCAGAAUGGCAGUCGUUCUCAACAGCGUCAGAGAUCUCAACCAACCAAUGCUUUGGAUGUUUUUGGUGGUUUCGGAGGCUUCGGAAUUGGAGGUGGAUUAAUGAGAAUGAUGGACCAUGCCAUGGAUGAUCCCAAUUCGAUGGUCUUCAGCCAGAGUACUUGUAUUACAAUGGGUCCGGAUGGGAAACAAAGAGUUGUUCAGAAUUCGACCAGAAAAGCCGGUGACGUGAAAGAAACCAGACGGUAAGAAAGUUUACCAAGGAUUAUUGGGUGUAAGAUUUAGUAGUUUCGAUAUUCUUAUUGUAUUCAAAUUGCAGUGCUGUCCGUGAAGGAGAAGAAGAGCACGUCUCAAUUGGUCAUCAUAUUGGAGACAGAGCCCAUGUAAUCGAAAAGAAGAGAGACCGCGAUGGUAAAAUCAGACAGAAUCAGAAGUUUGUCAACCUGGGAGAAGGUGAGUAUAUAUAUUGAACUUGAUUAGUUUUUUGUUUUUAGAAGAAGCUGACACCUUCAAUCAGGAGUUCAAGACCCGGGCCACCAGAAACUUGGCAUUUGAUCCAUUUUCCAGAAAUCAGGAUGAUCGCAGGGCAAUUGAAGAUGGAAGAGGAUCCAGACAGAACAGACACAGAAGAGAAGUGGGUCAUGCAGAAGGCUCUUCGGCCAGUACGGCUCCGAUAAUUGAGAUUCCGGAUGACGAUGAAGAAGAACAGGAGAGAAGACAUUACUCCAGAAGAAAUCAGGUAACUUUUUUUUUGAUAACCCGGCAGAUUCUUGGGUGAUAAAACUGUAUGUAUCCUAAUGUUAAAUUUUGGUAAUCCCUGGUACAAUAAAUUAUUUUCAGGAUGGUCCCAUUAUCCGUGAACUUUCGGAAGAAGAAGCCGAGAUGGAAUCCUCGAAACGUCGCCGUGGAAUGUUUGGAAACGUCUUCAGACAUUAG